AUGGACGUGAUAAAGACGCAGCAAAUAUCAUCUAGACCAAUCGAGAAGGUCGUGGUUCAUCCGCUCGUGCUUCUUAGCAUCGUCGAUAACUACAACAGAGUCGCCAAGGACACGCGCAAGCGCGUCGUCGGCGUUUUGCUCGGCUCCUCUUUCAAAGGCACCGUCGACGUUACCAACAGCUAUGCCGUGCCGUUUGAAGAAGAUGACAAGGAUCCCAGCAUCUGGUUUCUUGAUCACAAUUACCAUGAAUCAAUGUUUUCCAUGUUUAAAAGAAUAAAUGCAAAGGAGCACGUUGUGGGGUGGUAUAGCACUGGUCCAAAGCUGCGUGAAAAUGACCUUGAUAUUCAUGGCUUAUUUAAUGACUAUGUUCCAAAUCCUGUCUUGGUUAUUAUUGAUGUUGAACCCAAGGAAUUGGGAAUCCCAACAAAAGCAUAUUAUGCCGUUGAAGAGGUCAAAGAGAAUGCCACCCAAAAAAGUCAAAAGGUUUUUGUUCAUGUGCCAUCAGAGAUUGCAGCUCAUGAAGUUGAAGAAAUAGGAGUGGAACAUUUGCUUAGAGAUGUGAAGGAUACAACCAUUAGCACCCUUGCAACAGAGGUUAGUGCAAAACUUACAGCCUUGAAGGGUUUGGAUGCAAGACUUAAAGAGAUAAGGAGUUACCUUGACCUUUUUAUUGAUGGAAAGCUUCCAUUAAACCAUGAGAUCCUGUACCAUCUACAGGACGUGUUUAACCUGCUACCCAAUCUUAAUGUUGCUGAUCUUAUCAAGGCGUUUGCAGUGAAAACAAAUGAUAUGAUGCUGGUAAUAUACCUGUCAUCUCUCAUUAGAUGUGUAAUUGCACUCCACAACUUGAUUAACAACAAGAUGCUCAACAAAGAGCAUGAACGGGCAGAAGACUCGAAAUCAGUUACAGUGCCGAGUGUAGCUGCAUAA